AUGCCGUACUGCAGGAUCUGCACGAAGUUAACUAUCGACGAUGUAUCGAACACCGAUUUCCGGUUUCACCCAACCCUGAAGUCUCUUAAGCAGGGCGCUGAUAACAACUGCCCACUAUGCGCCCUCUGUUUCACAAGGCUACAAGAUGAAAACGAGCCUCAAGUCAUUUCUGACCUUCUCGAUGGCAAAAGGCCAAGCCAGUCGCGUGAAGGAACCUGGUACCAUAGCAUCUGGCUGCAUGGAGAGUAUGUGCCCGUUGAGCACAACACUGGAAGCAGGAGGGGAGAGAGUUCGGGGGGCGGCGUAUGGAUAAGCGUCGGGCGGUUCCGCGCAGGUUUCAACGAUAUGGAAGAGACCAACAUAUCCGGAUUUCAGGUGACAGCCAGACUGUCUUGGUAUGCCCUCAACAGGACAAGCGCCGCCUUAAGCUAUCCUGAACGUUGCAUCGGUGCAGACCCGGAUGCCAAUACCCAUAUAAGCUUGGCACGUUCCCAUUUCGAAGAGUGCCGCAAGUUUCAUAAGCUCUGCGCAGUCCAAAGAUCCAAGGCAAUGCCCACGCGCGUCAUUGCAGUAGGAGACACAAGCCGCCCUCCGAGGCUCCUUGUCACAGAAGGCCUUGAAGAGCCAUAUUUGGCGCUGUCAUACUGUUGGGGCCCGUCGCAAACCACUUUCAAGCUUACUAAAGGUACCUUUGACAAAAUGAUCAAGGGUAUCAAUGAAGGAAGAUUGACGAAGACACACCAGGAAGCCAUCAACUUCACUCGAGCUCUAGGCUUGCAGUAUAUAUGGAUCGACGCCCUCUGCAUCAUUCAGGGCGACGAAAAUGACUGGUCGUUUGAGUCUAGGCGUAUGGAACAGGUCUACGGAAACGCGGCUUUGACCAUCGUGGCUGCACGUUCCAGUGACGCUUGCCUUGGGUUUAUCAACCCUCCAAGCAGCACUGGAAAGAUUGGAAAGGCAUGCGCCAUUCCUCUCUCUCCUUCCAACAAAGACGUAUUGUACCUUGACGUUCCUCGCACGGUGAAACGUGGGCCAGUAUGGACGCGUGGUUGGUGUUUCCAGGAGAAGAUUCUCUCCAAUCGGUCAGUCAUCUUUUGCGAGACUCAGCUUUUGUAUGAAUGCCGGACAUGGGAGAUCUGGGAGGAUGGGAAGUCCAAGCACCUAGGCUCAGUGCCCACAUUUCUGGCCCCGGGGUUCGUCUCCUCAGCCAAGAACAGGGAGGCCGACAUCGCAAAGACGCUCAGCAUGUGGUACCAGAGUCUCUACGACUUUACACAGCGAAAAUUGUCCAACCCACAUGACGUAUUUGCUGCUAUCGCGUCAAUUGCAAAGCUCGCCAAGGAGGUCCUGCAGUCUCGUUACCUCGCGGGCCUUUGGGAAGCCGACCUCGUAAGAGGGCUGCUGUGGAAGUCCAUGCACUCAUUUCUCGGGAAACGUUGCGAACCCGUUACCCGCCCCAAGCCGACCGCUUUUGCACCUGCACCUGUUCUUCGUGCGCCCUCCUGGUCGUGGGCAUCUGUCGAGGGUCACAUUCGAAAUGAAACCGACGCUAGAAGGGUCAAAACGCUGUUCGCUGCGGAGUCUAUCAAGGUACGUCCGGGAGCUGGCAACAAUUGGACGAUAGACACAACCUGCGAUGUAGAAGUUCUGAAAAUGCCGUCUUGCGAGCUGCGUUUGAUUGGGCAAGUGGCGAAGGCUGUCGUAUCAAAGGUAGCGGUAAGAGACUACAUCUCAGCGGUCAAACGGGAGCCAAAGCAAUGGAAGGCCAGUAUGCCCAAUGGUAAAUUGCUUAUUUCGGCGGACAAGAACACAAGUAAACUCAACCUACAAGGGCAAGUCGUUGCUGUCGGAUUCUUCGAUGUAAUGGAAGAAGCUUGUGAUGAGGUAUGGUGUCUACUGAUGAUCGAGGAGGAAGGAUUGAUGUUAGCCAGACAUGGUACGACAUGGAAACGAGUAGGCUGGUUCGGUGUAGAAGACAAGGGAUGGUUUGCAGGCAGGGCUGCCGUUGACAUUACACUUGGAUGA